UGAUAACAGAAAAUUGACAUAUAUAUAUAUAUAGAUUGCACUUUUAUUUUACAACGAAAUUUAACUAUUCAAAGGUGUGACAACGUCGUAAAAAUGCCGCUCAAGUUUGCAGCUAACAUCUCGAUGCUCUUCCAAGAGAUUCCUUCCAUGGUGGGACGAUUUAAAGCCGCGAAGGAUGCAGGUUUUAAGUAUGUGGAAUGUACAUUUCCCUAUGCAGAAGGGUCAGAGGAGUUGGGGGAGGCUUGCAAGGAGGCGGGGCUUCAGCACGUUCUCAUCAACAACUGGCCAGGUAAGAUGGAGAAGGGUGAGCUAGGCAUGGCAGCUCUCCCGGACCGUGUCCAAGACUUCCGCAUGCAGCUGGAAAUGGCCAUAGAGUAUGCCAACUGCCUCAACUGUAAACGGAUGCAUAUAAUGGCCGGGCGUACAUCGAGGUACAAACAUGAGGAGAUGGAGGAAACAUAUCUAGACAACCUACGCUUCGCUGCUGAGAGGCUACAGAAGGAAGGCAUAAUGUGUCUGAUAGAGCCGUUAAACUCCCGCAUUACAGCACCAAACUACUUCCUCAGUAAUUUUCAUACUGGUGUUGAGUAUAUCAAAAAGGUUAACCACCCAAAUUUGAAAUUGCAGUUUGAUGUGUUUCAUGCUCAAAUCAUAUCAGGAGAUCUCACUGGCAACCUGAAGAAGUAUCUUCCUUAUAUAGGUCACAUCCAGAUUGCCCAAGUGCCUGACCGUGGGGAGCCGGACCUGAAUGGGGAGGUGAACUACAAGUACAUCUUCCAGCUCCUUGAGGACAUUGGAUAUGAAGGAUAUAUCGGAUGCGAGUACAAACCCAGGGCUACGACACAAGAAGGCCUCAAAUGGAUAGAAGAACUGGGAAUAAAACUUUAACUUACUGUAUUGAUAGUAUUAACUUUGUUGACACAAAAUCAUGUUACGUGGACCAAAUACAUAAAUAAUCAUUUAGUGGUCAAUAAAUAUUUACAAUAUAUUUUUAGAGAAUUAUUUUGUUAACUCAUUUUAGCUUGUCUCUUUUUUGAAAAAAGAAAGAGUCCUGGUAUUGUGAAAGCCUUGGUGUCAGUGUCAGUGAUCACAAUGUUGUCGUGCAAAACCCUUCAAUCUGGCGAUACCUCAAAAGACGUUCAAGAUCGAUAUCAAAAUGAACAAUAGAACAUGGGUUGCCGGAGAGAAUACACGCAUGUACAGCAAGGACCGGAACUCUGGCUUUUGUAAUUGAUGAGUUAUACCCCUUUUUUCAAUUAAUAAACAACAGACGAGCAUUCUUAUCUAAUUUUAAGUUUUAACAAGUGUGGUCUUUAAAGAAAAACCUUGACAGAUUAUGAACUCCGAUCAAAACAGUUUAAUAAAAUGAUAUUUUCUAAGAAGAUAUAUAUUUUGCUACUUUUAUAUUUCUGAAAAGUGUUUUUGUUGUUAAAAGUAUUUAUAUAUCAAAAGGUUAGGUGAUAUUGAUUGUGUUCUUUUGCAAUAUUGGGUAGAAAUUGUAGAAAUACUGUUAUUUUUACCUUUGUUUCAAUUGUAAUAUUUUACAAAAGUGUUCGAAUUGGUUCAGAUAUUUAUUUAUUGUGUCCUUCCUUAUCUUAUUUAAUUGUUAAUCGAUUCAAAGGGAGUGAAAGUAGUUUGUAAAACAUAUUUAAAAAUUAUACAAGUAAUAAGUUUUGGGUAUGUAUGCAUUUCAACAAAACUUAAAAUAUGUUAUCUCUAUAAGCAAUAUGUUUUGUUAACUGUGUAUGUUUCAUUUCUGGGGAACUUGACUAAAGUGAGUGUGCUUGAAAUGGGAAUUCCCACCUGGCAUAUAGGUACAUGUAGCCAAGAUAACCAGAACACCCUGCGCUCGGGUGGUUAAUAAUGUGGGUUAAAUGAAUCCUGUCACAUGUCUAACCCAUUUUCAUGCCAUGCUUAACAUCUCACAACAACGACUUUAUAAUUUGAUUCCUCCCACCUCAGAUAAAUAGAUCCAUUAAUUUAACCAUGCUAGAAAUUCUUAUCUUGCCCACGGGCGAAGAUAAAAUGCCCGGAUGGAACUUCUUUUAAUGGUCACCACAGUGUAAUUACCUCCCUUGUUGAAGACUGUCGUCUGUAGCGCAUCAUGGAAACCUUGUCUUGUGGCAAUAUUUAGAACGCUAAAUAAUUAUUUCUCGCUUCAAAUGUCACCAGAAAACAGUUUUCACGCACCUUUCAAGAAAUAAUGCUUCUCUCUUCUUAGAACUAUUUAAAGACCGAUCAGACCAUUUACAUACUCUGAAUCACUGCGCAAAUAUCCAUUACAACCACGAAUUAUCGCAUAUCCGUGCGCAAUUAUUUUCACUAAGCACAAAAGAGUUCUAGCAAAAAAAUACAUUUUUACUUAAUUUUGUUUAACUGAGAUGGGAGAAAAAGCAUCUACCAUAGCCGCUCGUGUAAGAUAGAGUCAUCCCGACCCUCGCGCAGGGUGUUUUGCCAAAACACCCUACGCUCAGGUCUAUCUUACACUCUCGGCCAUAGAAGAUACUUACGGUAUAAUCUUUUCAUGUUUAGAAAACCCUGACGACUUCUUGGCGGUUUCAGAACAUAUAUUUGGAAAACAUAUUAUAAAUGUUAAAAAACAGUUAAAAUAUUAUCACUGAUCAAACUAAUGUCACUCCCUUUAAGUCUCAAAAUUAAUGUAUACUAAGUGGAAUUAAGAUUGAAAAAACAAAGCAGAAAACAACCUUGUCAAGAAUAAUAACAUUAAACUUUGUCUUAAUACCACAUAUUUAUAGUUCAGAAAUUAGGGUAUAGUAACUUUGUAUUAUGUAUUAAAACAACUAAUCAAAUGUUUACUAGGAGUGGUUUUAUUCCGAUUAAUCUUCACGCAAAGUUGAUAGCUAUUAAAGCAGAGUAUUCACUGCAAUGUUUUGAUGUUAUUGUAUAUUGAGUGUAUUAUUUUGUUAUCUGUUACAUAAUUGUAAUCCUAUGUAGUAAAUGUACUUAUCUUUUGGGGAAACUGCCAGGUUAGGAAACGAAGGGAUUGAUUCUAUCAGUCCUCACAACCAGUGAUUAGAAUUUCCAAAAGUUCAGUACCAUUCUAAGUUUUAAAUUUAAUUAUCAAACAGGGUUAUUUUCUGAACAAAUAUUUUACUGUUCUGUUCUGUUCUGUAAUACUGAAGCAUAUAUGUACAGACCUUUGCUAUUUUUGUUUCCUGAUAAAAAUGUCAAUGUUUGCUGCUCUUUGAAUGCUGAUAGGAAAGUUUGUACACUAUGUUUUCUGGCCGAGCAGUUUCCUCAAUUUGGUUCAUGUAUUAUGAUGUCUAUAAGUCACUGACAAUCAGUAUUGUUAGGUCAGUAAAUGACGUUAGUUAAGAGGGCCUCUAGGGUUUUUUCUUAGAAACUUUUGCUCCAGGCUUCAAGCUUUGCUUUACUAAGGGAAACGCUUUUAUUUGCUCAAGAUUUUUUUCAAUUUUUAGACAAAUUUAUUUUUUAGAUAAAUUUUUAUUUGAAUAAUAAAAUUUUUAGAUAUUCAUUUUCCUGAAAUCAAAAAAUAGGGCGGGCACCAAAAUCUUUGUUGUCCAUCAAAAUUAUGCUUUUUUCUUUUGAAUUUUUGCAAAAUUUAUUGACAGUCAGAAAUGGCAAAGUAGAGGAAACUAGAUUUAGAUUAUAACCUUUAUUUACAUCCAUUAUGUAAUUGCCUAUCAGCCAUUUAUAUUUAGUAUCACGCUAAACUGUUGAGAACUCUUCACAGACAUGACUUCAUUAUUUGGUUCCCACUCGGUAAAAACAUGUUCCAAUCUAACUCGGAACAUAUUGUGCCAAAUUUCCUUUUAGUAAAGAAAUUAACCCCCAGAUUUCCAUUUAGUGUUUUUUUUUACUUCAUUAAGUAAGUGAUUUAGAAGCUUGUGCAUGCACACUGACUAGUGUAGAGACAUUUGAUGGGCAUUUUGCACCGAACAAUAAAAAAUAAGCAUUUAUUUUUGGUCUUCUUAGUUCUAGAUUUUUGUGCCAACCUUUUUACUUUAGAAGAUCAAAAAUAGACUUACUAUUACUUAAUGGGUUUUUUCAUCAUUGAAUGAUAUUCUUAUGUCUAAAGAAGUGGACUCAUGAAAUAUCAAUUGCUUUUAACUGUGAAUGUUCUAUAUGUUAAGUUUGUUGUUGUUGAUUUGAUGUUUUGUACAAAAUUCUACUAUAUACAAUCACAGGGAGCAGAAACAUUUUUUUUUUUAUUCUAUCCUAUAUGUAUAUAUACUCUCUCUAUAUAUAUACAUAUAGGCUAGAAUAAACAAAAAUAAUUUGUUUCUGCCCCCUGUGAUAAACAAUGUAUCUUUCUUUGUUUGAUUGAUUAAAAAAACACAUGUUUUCAUAUUGAAUACAUGUAUAUCGUAGUUUAUACACAUAUCCCUAAUCUUAAGGAAAAGAAAUAGUUUUACUGUUUUAUGGGAUUUCUAUAGUAAGCGAAUACACAUACUUUCUUGUACACAGGGACACAUGGUGUAUAUAAGAUUUACUGAAUAAUUUUAGUGAAUUUUAUAAUAAUGACUUUGUCUGAUUAAAAGAAGUACAUACAAUAUCAUGUUUCAGUAUCAUCAGCUAAUCUAUCAAUUUUAAUGGUCAUUUUAAAGGUCCCUUAUUCAGAUAUGUGAACCUUUAGCAAUGGCGAGAGAUAGAUUUAGGUCUCAAAAGUGGUAGAUUAGGUUCAAAAGCGGUAGAAUUUCUAAUUCCUUUAAUUUUCAGUCAAAAACAAUGAUAUAAACAAAAACUUGAUAUUUGUAACUAUUUUUAGAUUUUUGGAAAAUAUGCAUAAAAUAUGUCAGUUCACAUGUUUGCCUUAUUUUACAUGAUAAAAGGACAAGUUAUGGUCUAAAUUUCCUUUCGAACACAUUUAUUCAUCGGCAUAGUUCUGGUAGUUGUAAUGAUACUGUACAUAUAUUUAUACAUGUAUAUUACAAUAACGUUAUGUACUUGACUGUCUCACCAUCAGUAUUUAAAAUGAUUUCCAAUAUAUUAACUAAGGUCAUUGGAUGGUAAAUAUACGUCUGUUAGAAACAUCUUUGUAACAUCAUGUAGUUUCAAUGCAUAUUCAGUAUAACCAGAUAAAGACUACAAGUAGUACAGAUGAAGGGCCCUCUUAUUAGCAAGCGUACAACAGUUAUUAUAGAUCAUGAAUUGUCCUUAUUAAGUCGAUAUUACAAAAUAAAUGGAAUGGUUAACUGCCGAAGUCAAAUACAAUUUGUCUAAAUUAACAAAUUUAACUAUUAUUUUCAAAAUAAAUAUUCUUCAUUAUCGUUAUCAUAUAAUAUUAUUAAAUGAUGUUUCUAAAAAUCUAUUAUACAGUACAUCUGUUGAACUGGUGGCACUAAUUUGUUCAGUAAAACUGAGGUCUUUCGAACAGCCGGUCAUUCAAGAACCCAUGGUUCCUCAAGGUCGGAGCUUGGUCUUGAACAUUUUUCCUUCUAUUUUCAUAUAAAAUAUACUGACGCUGCAUUGAAAACCUAAAUAAGUCAAGAAUCGAGCACUAUAGUUGGUCCCAAAUACACAAAUCAUGCACAAAACCUCUCUUGAGGUCAUAAUUUCACACUUUAUCCUGAACGAGUGUUCCAAAAUAAACAGACAAUUGCUAGGUUACAACAGCCUUUGAACAUAUGAGCGAUUUCCACAACGCAACACAUAAUCAGUGUCAUAGUGAAUCGCCUGUUUGACGACUUCAAACUUAAUAUACACUGAAAGAUAUUUCCUAACAGACUGGAAAAUUACAACUCGGGUCGUUCAAAACAUCGGUUCCCUCGAGGUUUCAGCUCGCACCCCGGCGUCCUCGAGCGAUCGCAGUUUUACUGUAUACCAAGAAAAUUAAGUUGACAGGAAAUCAAAAAUGUCUCAUUGAGAAUGUUUUGUACUAAACAUUUUUCUUGUGUUAUAUAUGUUUUGAGUAGUUUUUAUUUGUUCAAAGUCAUUUAUAUUUUUGUGACAUCCUAGAUAUUGUUUAAUUAGAAAGUAUUAUUUACAUUUUUUUUGUAUUCUACAAAAAGUCUUUGGAACUAUUCUGAAAUGCUAGUAAGUCAGGCCAUUUUACAAUGUAUUACAUAUUGCAUGGCGUUGAUAAUGAAAACACAGACUAGGUAUAUAGUGGCUUGGUAUAAAUAUUGAAUUAAGAAGGUACCGUAUAUAAGUAUUACAAGUUUAAAGUGUUUUUCAUAUCAUAUUAUUUUGCUUUUAUAAAUAAAACACUAUUUCUCUGCAAACACUAUAUUUUUCUACAAGCCAUAUAUGUAUAAUACUUUUUGUAUGUUUUUAUCAUCAGUAAUCAGGCCUCAAUUUCUCGAAACUUCUUAUGUCUCUUAUAACAAUAUUAAGCUAAUCACACUUUUUUUGUUUUUCAAUACUAGCAUAAUAUUAAAUUCUUUAAGAGUUUUUAUACUUAAAAUAGGAAUGAUCUUUAUAAUAAUUACAAUAAACCAUUUUUCAUUUAACAAAAUUCAUUUAAAUUAUGUAUUUUGGCUAAUUGAAAUAAGCCUUUUAAGCUUAAGAAGUUCCGAGAAAUUGGGACCUGGGCCUCUAAAGUUCAGGAUUAAACCUAAAAAUUAGGAUUAAAAGCUUUUAUUGUUUUCGGCUCAGACAUUUGCAUCAAAAACAGUAGGAAAUGCCUUAAAAUUAACUUAAAAAAAACUUUGAAAACACUUCAAAAGAGUUUUAAGCUCCUUUACUGUGCUUUGGGUAUGAGUUACUUGUACUCAAACAGACCCCAGGCUAUUUUACAGGAUAAACAAUUCACAGCUGUGAGAACCCAUGGUAAUGCAUUUCCAACAAUAAUUAUGUCCCUUGACUAAAUAUUAUUAGUGGUUUUAGUUCAUAAGGGUCAGAGAUGGGGUUUAUAGUUGUGUGAGUGUAAAUGUAUAAAAGAAAAAAUUAGAAUGGGAAUACCGCCACUUCAUCGUGAACAGAACAUGAGUCGACUCUUCACUAUUUUUAAAGCAUGUUAUCGGGACAUACAAAAAAAAUGAAAAACACCAGUUUCGAUCCCUUCAACGUUAAACAAUACGCAGAUGCCAGUUUAGAUCCCUUUUUAGUUAUAUGCUUGUGAUUCCUAUUACAUUCCCUCAAUUUCUAAUGGAACCAAUAACUUUAAUCUCAUCCAUAUUUCCAGUUUUAAGUAUAUUUUGUUAUUAAAGUUCUAUGAUAGUAGCAUUUAGUCACGAUAUACAUAACUGUCUAGUAUUUGUAUCCCUGUAAUGGCUGAGAUGAUCUUCAUUUCUAUCACAUUGUUAAACUUUCUGUAAAACAUGCAAUUAAAUUUGACAAAAUUAAUUUAUUUUGAUAUUUAUGUUCAAUAUUGUUUAACUAAAAUCUGUAAUACAAAUGGAUAAUACGGUUAUAAAAAAUAAAUGUAUGGA